GCCUCUGCAGCCGUGGUGUUGCAUCAUGAGAUGGUCUGACGGCUCUUGAUGACGGCGGCGAGAUUGGUAGGGCGCGCUGGUGCUAGAAACUUGGCCGCGACGGGCAGUUGAGGCGAUGUGCAGGCAGCGGAAGCAAGUAGCCUGGAGGUCGCAGCGAGAUGGACAAUGUUUCAUCAAAUCCCGGCCCGUCCACGUGCAUCAUUGCAAUUAUCGUUCGUAUGCUGUCUUCCCUUCAUGCCCAGCCGCCAGUGCGCGCACAGAGGCCUGCCUGCAUCCGGCGCGCAGACGCUGAGGGCAUCUUUGUCCUCGGUCAAAGGGCCUGAGGGUGCCUCAUGGCCCAGCAGCAUGCCUCUCUAUGUUAUGCGAAGCCGGACAAGGGCAGCUUCUGUCUGCCACGGCGAGAAGCGUAAUGUCGCUCUAUGCGCUGAGCGAGGGCGAGGGAACGGGCGCGGUUGGCUGGUGAGAGAGGUGCAUGGGUGGGUUGAUUUGAGUUUCGAGGUGCAUGGCCAUGGAGAUGAGCGAAAGCCUUGCGACGGGAGCUAUCGCGACAGCGUGCUCGGGCGGCCGCUGAGGGGCGCGGGCCGUUCUUCGUGCUCUUUUCGCUCUGCUUGCGCUGCUUUUGCAUGACGGAUCAAGCCUUGUCCCAGCAAACUGUGGACAUGGGCACCGCUGGCCCUCCGCCGUAGCCUCUGCCGCUUCCAACCACAUAUUCAUCUCCCUGCCCGCUGCCUCCAGCUGCGUUUCCCUCAACACUCGCCUUCUCCUACCACCGCCGCGCACCCCGAGUGAGUGUGCUGGAGCCUCGUGUAAUAAUCCCGCAUGCCGACACUGCCCAGCCGCUGUUAAUCUCG